AUGGUUCGGAAACAGCAGGAUACGAACAACCAACUCGUUUCCUUCAGGAGGAGAAGAAUUGAGUGCAACAACAAACAAAGUAAUGUUUUCGGUAAAAAAAGAAACAACGUCAAAAAAGGUAGAAUUUUGAAUAUGAAAGCUUGUGAACAUUCCGCUGCUGGCAAACAGAUUCAAUUUGAAUUGUUCGGCUUUGAUUUCAUUCAUAAAGGAAAAUGUCAAUGGCAAUCAAUGAAACGUAAAGAUAUCUUCAACAAUGUCUAUUAUGCAGAUUCCCUAAAAAGAGAUAUCGUAAUGAAUGAAGAUUGGAAAGCAGCCAUUUUUUCGGGAAGGCAACAAAACGAAACUGAGGAAAAGCAAUGCAAAAAGUCACGUCAUUUCACUUCAUUGUUGAUGUCCUCAUUAUAA